UGAAGCGCGCACCUUUGGCCCCUUAAUGCUGUGUUGGCGAAGACACGUUACGCGUCUAUACUCAACGGAGCUCAAACCUGCUUUUGGUGAUUUUCCACCGGAAAAACUUAAGCCUUUUACAAACAACACCCCGAAGACCAAGUCAAAAUGCGUGAGUGCAUCUCUGUCCACGUGGGCCAGGCAGGAGUACAGAUUGGCAAUGCAUGCUGGGAGUUGUAUUGCCUGGAACAUGGCAUCCAGCCUGAUGGUAAUAUGCCAAGUGAUAAGACCAUUGGUCGUGGUGAUGACUCCUUCAACACAUUCUUCAGUGAGACCGGAUCUGGAAAGCAUGUGCCACGAGCUGUUUUUGUAGAUCUGGAACCUGCUGUCAUUGAUGAGGUGAGGUCAGGAAUUUACAAACGGCUGUUUCAUCCCGAACAACUAAUUUCUGGGAAAGAGGAUGCAGCAAAUAACUAUGCCCGUGGCCACUACACUGUUGGCAAGGAGAUCAUUGAUGCAGUGCUUGAGCGUGUCCGCAAACUGACGGACCAGUGUACUGGUCUUCAGGGUUUCCUCAUUUUCCACAGUUUCGGUGGAGGCACGGGCUCUGGUUUCACAUCUCUUCUGAUGGAGCGUCUCUCUGUUGACUAUGGAAAGAAGUCCAAGCUUGAGUUUGCCAUCUAUCCAGCUCCUCAGAUCUCCACUGCUGUGGUCGAGCCAUACAAUUCCAUCCUUACCACCCACACCACCCUAGAACACUCUGACUGUGCCUUCAUGGUAGAUAAUGAGGCCAUCUACGAUAUCUGCCGUCGAAACCUCGACAUUGAGCGACCCACCUACACCAAUCUGAACCGGCUCAUCGGUCAGAUCGUGUCUUCCAUCACCGCUUCUCUGCGAUUUGAUGGAGCCCUGAAUGUUGACUUAACAGAGUUCCAGACCAAUCUGGUGCCAUAUCCCAGAAUUCACUUCCCACUUGUCACAUACUCGCCCAUCAUCUCCGCUGAGAAGGCCUACCAUGAGCAGCUGUCUGUGUCUGAGAUAACCAGCGCCUGCUUUGAGCCAUCCAAUCAGAUGGUGAAAUGUGACCCCCGACAUGGAAAGUACAUGGCCUGCUGUAUGCUGUAUCGUGGUGAUGUCGUACCCAAAGAUGUGAAUGCUGCCAUUGCCAACAUCAAGACCAAACGAUCUAUCCAGUUUGUGGACUGGUGCCCAACUGGAUUUAAGGUUGGCAUCAAUUAUCAGCCACCUACAGUGGUGCCUGGUGGAGACUUGGCCAAAGUACAGAGAGCUGUGUGCAUGCUGAGCAACACUACAGCCAUUGCUGAGGCCUGGGCCCGUCUGGACCACAAGUUUGAUCUGAUGUAUGCCAAGCGUGCCUUCGUACACUGGUAUGUCGGAGAGGGUAUGGAGGAGGGUGAGUUCUCCGAGGCCAGAGAGGAUCUUGCUGCCCUGGAGAAGGAUUACGAGGAGGUUGGUGCAGACUCUGUGGAGGAGGAGGGGGAGGAGUAUUAAACCCACCAGGGACAAAUGAAAUAUGCUUUAGGUUGCUGAUCUGAGACCAAUUUGAAGCACUUUUCUUGUAAAAUAGAGAUUGUUUUUUAGGUUGUAGAAAACUGGUUUUAGAUCCGCACUUAUAAGCAGUAUUUACCUCUUCAUUGCCAAGCUUCCAACAGUGAACAGUGUCCUUAUGUUUGUGAUAUUAGUGUCGUUUCAUUCUUUUAUUACCUUUUCUGUAUUUCAAAGAAAUUGCCAAAGGCUUUUCUGUCUGUGAACAUCAUUUGGUUUGUAAGAUGUGUUUGUCCCACACAACUCCUGUAACUGACAAAUGCAGUUUUGGAAUAAAUUAUCAAAUGUG